AUGCGAGCUCUCCAUUUCUCAUGGUUUUGUUUCCUUACUGCUUUUACGGGCUGGUUCGCCGUUGCUCCCUUAUUACCUACGAUUAAAGAGGAUUUAAAUUUAACUGAUGCACAAAUUGGUGAUAGUAAUAUAGCUUCUGUUUCUUCAACCAUAAUAUUUCGUAUAUUGUCUGGUCCGUUAUGCGAAAAAUUCGGUGCGAGACGUGUCAUGUCUGCUAUACUUAUCAUAGGUGCCAUACCUACUGCUCUUGUCAGCUUAUCACAAGGUCCCGCUUCUCUAAUUACUUUCCGAUUCUUUGUUGGUAUUCUCGGCGCGACAUUUGUACCUUGUCAAUUCUGGACAACUCAAAUGUUCAGUCCAAAUACUGUAGGUGGUGCUAACGCAUUAUCCGCAGGUUGGGGUAAUAUGGGUGGUGGUGUUACUUAUUUACUUAUGCCUUUAGUAUUUGAGGGAUUUAAUAUCUUCUUUCCUGAACGUGAUUGGUAUUAUCGUGAUCAACCCAAUGAAGGUUAUGUUCAAUUUGGAGAAAAGGAUUCAAAACAACCUAAAACAAAAAAUAAUAUAGAAUUUCAUCAAAUUCCUGUCUUAAUUCAUUACCUUCUUGUUUUCAUUAAUCCUAAUGUAGUUUUAAUGAUGGUAAUGUAUGCAUGUUGCUUUGGAGUGGAAGUAGCUGUUGAUAAUGUUAUUGUAAUCUUUUUUUAUUCUGCAUUUGAUAUUUCUCAAACUACGGCUGGUUUAUAUGGUUCAAUAUUUGGACUUUUGAACAUUUUUUCUCGUGUUGCUGGAGGUCUAACUUCCGAUUUUGCAAAUAAAACCAUAGUUCCUUAUCUUGAUCCAGCAGCUGUGGGUAUAGUUACAGGAUUAGUAGGAGCAGGAGGUAAUAUUGGGGGUUUAAUAUUCGCAGCAAUUUUCAAGGCUUAUGCUAGUGAUCUACGAACAGGAUUCAUGAUAGUAGGAUUAGCCGUACUAACUGUUUCAUUGGUACCAUUUUUAAUGAGUAUUCAUGGGCGAACAUUAAUUUUUGGAACA